AUGGAGACGCAUCCUGGGCCAGGGCUCAUUCUCGCAGAUACUGAAACAAAAGUUAAAAAGUAUGAUGCUCUUGUUCAAACCAGGGAAAAUCAAGUGCAGUACAUGACGCUCAUGUACGGCCACGACGCCCGCUUUCAGGUUGCUGUUCAGGGAGUGACAAGCUUGGACGAAAAGUCCUUGGCUACUUGGAUGGAAGAUGGCAAGGAUUAUGAAGUCCCAACUUUCCCCCUCGAUAUCGUCAAAUCGGAACUUUUACCCGAGAUACCCGAGACGAUGAGAAAUUUGGUUGAAAACCUAUCGCCCUCUUUAGUUAUGGAGAUCAUCGCCCAGCCCGUUUCUGGGUUGAAGCCGACGUACCGAAUUCUCGAGAGCCUCGCCAAGCAUUGCAAAUACGGCAUCGUUAAAAAGGCGCUGGAUUGUCUUAUUGCAUACCGCCUGGCAACGUCUCCGGUCGUUUCGGAUGGGACUGGUCCUCUUUUUGACAGCGGACACGGACGAGUAGCCUCUGAAACCUCUCGGCUUCAUGGCAAAACUGCUGUGUCCCCGCUGAUCAGUACAAAGCUUCGACUUGUUCUACUACGCGUUUGGCAGCAAAAGAGAACCGAACUAUUGGAGGAGCUGUCCCAAUACAAGAUGAUUCAGAAAUGGCUAGUGAUGCUGAUCCUUCUUCUCAACCUUGAGGACGUUGAAUUUGACUGCAAAUAUCGAGAUCUCAAAGUCGUCGAGGUUGAGGAAGCCAGUGCGAGGGUUAAGAAACACAUACAGACAUUUCUGGUCGAAAUUGGCUUCAAUUCGAAAUCUCUCGACAUAGGAAUGAAUGAUGUUGAUGGCAAGGUUGUGGGUAAUAUUCUUAACUACAAUAAAGAAAUGAUACUUGCAACAAAGACGAAAGAUCUCGCAUCUGCCUUUGACCCCGAUGAUUUGAACUCGGUGGAAGGCAUGCACACCUCUACACUCUUAAGGGAGAGCUUGAACACCUUGGCAGGAAGCUGGAGCUCAAUCGGCGUAUCGGGAGUUUUCCCGAACUGGAGGAGGUUGCUUUUCUUCGGCCUCAUUGUGUCUCGCGUUAUUUUAUAUUGGGUUACUGUCUAG